UACUACAAAUUAGCAAUACAAAAUGUCUGAGAAACCACAGGUUGAAUAUUUGUCGCCAACCAACUCCAUAUCCAAACAUCAACAGGAAACCGAUGUUUAUUCUAUCGCUCCCAAGGAUAUCGACCAUCAGUUAUUUAAUGAUAAACCAGACUUUUCUAGAGCUGCUAUCACAAAGUAUUUUGCAACCAGACUUUCAACUUUACUAGACUUGCCAUUGUAUCAUACAGAUAGGAAAUGGUAUCAAGUUAUCAACCCCAUUCCUGGUUUAAAAGAAAUGACAGGAAGUGACUGGAACUUCUACUUUAUGGGAUUCUUUGCUUGGGCCUUAGAUUCUAUGGAUUUCUUCUGCGUUUCGGUUGCCGCACCUGAAAUUGCAUCUUCAUUGGGAGUUAGUGUUACAGAUAUUACUUGGGGUGUUACUUUGGUGCUUAUGCUUAGAUCAGUUGGUGCUAUUAUAUUUGGUCUUGCGGCUGACUAUUUUGGAAGAAAAUGGACUUAUAUUUUGAUUCUCGUUUUAUUUAUUGUCGUUGAAAUUGGUACUGGAUUUGUGCAAACUUAUCAACAAUUCUUGGGAGUCAGAGCCGUCUUUGGUGUUCUUAUGGGAAGUAUGUACCCAGUUGCCAUGGUUACAGCAUUAGAAGGUCAACCAACUCGUGCCAGAUCUGUUCUUUCUGGUUUGUUCUUACCUGGAUACUCUUUUGGUUACAUCUUAGCUAUGGUCUUUUAUCGUGCUUUUGCAGGCACUUAUAAGCCAGGGGAAGGUUGGAGAUCUUUGUUUUGGUUCUCUGGAGGUCUUUCACUCCUCUUGAUUGCAUGGAGAAUCUGUUUCCCAGAAUCCCCAGACUUUAUUGCCAUGAAGAAUAAGAAGAAACAAUAUAAUGCUGAGGUUGAGAAAAAGGGAUUCUUACUGAAAAUCGACUACAGUGUUCUUACAACUCUUAAAACCGAAUGGUUGAUGUUUACUUACCUUGUCCUUUUAUACGCUGGCUGGAACUUUACUACCCAUGGAUCUCAAGAUCUUUAUGUCACAUUGUUAACCAAGCAAUUUAAUGUUGACCUCAACCUCAAAACCGUGAUUAUUGUUGUCAGUAACCUUGGUGGUAUUAUUGGUGGGAUCAUAAUGGGAUCUGUCUCAGAACUUCUUGGAAGAAGAUUAACAGUUAUUAUUUGUAUGUUGUGGUGUGGUGCUUGGCUUUAUCCUUCUUUCUUCCAUGCUGAUACUAAUUGGUGGGCAUAUGUUUUACUUACAGGUGGUGUUAUGGCGCUGUGGGGUGUUGGUCCAAUCCAUCUUUUAGAAUUAGUUAAUUCAACACACAGAGCUUUGUUAUCAGGGUUGGCUUAUCAAUUGGGUAAUUUAGUUUCUUCUGCCUCUGCUACCAUCGAAGCAAGAAUCGGUGAAAGAUUCCCAAUUGAAGGCGGGGCUCCUGGAACUUAUGAUUAUGGAAAAGUUAUGUGUAUUUUCUCAGGGUGUGUCUUUGCCUAUAUGAUUAUUUGUAUCUUCUUUGGACCAGAAAGAUUCCACAAAGAAUUGAGGUUGAGAGAUGAGGUUAUUCGAACCGCCGAUGAAGAGUCUGAAUUAGGGAUUGAAACUUCUGGAAGUGAAUCCCUGAUUCGCAGAGUUUAGUUCUGUAUUAUGUGUAACGUAAUGAAUAUUUUAUUUAAGU